ACCAAAGACUUUUCUUUUGUUUCUUUCUCCAUUCACCGAUUCGAAACGUCAUCCAUACGAAACGGCAGAUCUCAUCUUCUUCUUCUUCUUCAAACCCAAAAACAAACAAAGAACACAGAGCUUUUUUCAAUGCUUUUUUGGGUCUGAGAUUCAUCUUCAAUUCUAAUGGCCCGAACUCGAUCUUCCUCUUCCAAAUUGAGGUACUGUAACCCUGCUUAUUACCUCAAGAGGCCUAAACGAUUGGCUUUCCUCUUCAUUGCUUUUGUCUGUCUCAGUUUCCUCGUUUGGGAUCGUCAGACUCUCGUUCGGGAACACGAGGUAGAGCUUGCAAAGUUAAGUGAGGACGUGGCUCACUUGCAGAAUUUGCUUGAAGAGAUAAAGACUGAUGGCAGUGCUGUCAGAAAGACACUGAAAGAUGUUCCAGAUGAUCCAAUUGAUGUUCAACGAAGAGAAAAAGUAAAAGAUGCUAUGCUUCAUGCGUGGAAUUCAUAUGUCAAGUAUGCAUGGGGCCAAGAUGAACUUCAGCCUCAGUCUAAGAGUGGUGUCAAUAGCUUUGGUGGUCUUGGAGCAACAUUAGUAGAUUCUCUUGAUACGUUAUAUAUCAUGGGUCUUCAUGAACAGUUUCAGAAAGCAAGAGAGUGGGUUGCAAAUUCAUUGGAUUUUAACAAGAAUUACGAGGCUAGUGUCUUUGAGACAACCAUAAGAGUUGUAGGUGGUCUUCUUAGUGCAUAUGAUCUGUCCAACGAUCAACUUUUCCUUGAUAAGGCUAAAGACAUUGCAGACAGGUUGCUGCCAGCAUGGGAUACGCCUAGUGGAAUUCCUUACAACAUUAUCAACUUGGCUCAGGGAAGGCCACAUAAUCCGGGAUGGACUGGGGGUGAAAGUAUCUUGGCAGAUUCUGGCACAGAGCAGUUGGAAUUCAUUGCUCUUUCUCAAAGAACUGGAGAUCCUAAGUACCAAGAAAAGGUUGAGAAUGUUAUAACACAGAUAAAAAAAAUAUUCCCUGAUGAUGGUUUGCUUCCCAUCUAUCUUGACCCACAUAGAGGUACAACCGCGUACUCUACAAUAACGUUUGGUGCUAUGGGAGACAGCUUUUAUGAAUAUUUGCUCAAAGUUUGGAUACAGGGGAAUAAAACUCCAGCUGUAAAGCGAUAUAGGGAAAUGUGGGAGCAGUCAAUGAAAGGUCUGUCGAGUUUAAUUAGGAGGACAACACCAUCAUCUUUUACAUAUAUUUGUGAGAAGAAUGGAGAGUCUUUAAAUGACAAGAUGGAUGAGUUAGCAUGCUUUGCGCCAGGAAUGCUGGCUUUGGGAUCAACCGGCUAUGGUCCUGAAGAAUCUCAAAAGAUGCUAUCACUUGCUGAAGAGCUUGCUUGGACAUGCUAUAAUUUCUACCAGUCAACACCAACAAAGUUAGCCGGUGAAAAUUAUUUCUUUCAUGCUGGGCAGGACAUGAGUGUGGGUACAUCGUGGAACAUAUUGAGACCUGAAACUGUUGAAUCACUCUUUUACUUAUGGCGUAUAACUGGUAACAAGACAUACCAGGAAUGGGGUUGGAACAUAUUCCAAGCAUUUGAAAAGAACUCCCGCGUAGAAUCAGGAUACGUCGGACUGAAAGAUGUAAAUUCUGGUGUGAAAGACAACAUGAUGCAGAGCUUCUUUCUUGCUGAGACCCUCAAGUAUCUCUAUCUUCUUUUCUCACCUUCUUCGGUCAUACCCUUAGAUCAAUGGGUGUUCAACACCGAAGCUCAUCCCUUAAAAAUCGUUGCCAGACACGACGACAACAGUGGAAACGAUCUUAAAUCCUCCACAGGUGGGCAACAAAGGCCAAAGAUUAAGUUACGUAGCAGGAAGGAGGGUCGACCGUGAGUAUGAGCUAAGUAGGGGGGGCUUUAUUCGAGUGCUUAUUGUUUCAGGUUGAAUCCGUUCGAUUUCAUGAAAGAUUGGAAAAUGAUAGUGGCUCAUGAAAAUCGGAUGUUUGAGCGAUUCCCUUACGAAAUAAUGGGGGCUCGGGCUUUGGCUCUGGCGAUUUCAUUUCAUUUUUCGUAACCGGGAAAGGUUGCAUGGCAUCCUUGUUCCUUUAUAGUAAGUAAAGAAAGAAAAAAAGAAACAUGUAUGCUACUCUUGUUAACUCAUUAUGCAUAUGUAACAUAGGUAAUAUUUCUCUUACUCAUUAAUUCUUUUUUCUUUGGCAUCCUCUUUUGGGUAUUUUGGUUUUUGGGGAAAAAAACAUUUUUGUUUCCUAUUUUGAUACUUGUUUAUUAUGCCUUUUCUUUUUCCUUUCUAUUUGUAAUUUUUGGUUGGAAUUUUGAACAAAUGGAAAGAGCAUACGAAUUGAAUUAAUUAUUAUUAUGUUAUGGAUUUGUUUUAACAUCA